CAGCCUUUGUCCAUACGUACGUCUCCCGCGCGCGUUCCGACCUCCGACUUUCCCGAGAGCCCGUUCUCGCCGAGCCAUGCCGGCGAGAAGGGUGGUCGUCGAGCUUCUCCGGUCAGCCUCCCGCGAGGCCUUCCAGGUCGCCGUCUCCUUCGCCGCCAGGCCGCCAGUGUCCACCAUGCUGAAGCCGGCGGUCACCAAGCCCCUCCACCACGACCACAGGUCCGGGGAGAGCGCGGCGAUCGGCUCUCGGGCCACAUUUGCUCUGCAGUAACCGAGAUCGCGCAUGGGACGGCAAAGCGACACGUUUUCAUCUCAUAUAUAUGUUUCCCCCUACAAUUGUAGCUCUUAUUUGGGGCUGGGCGAACGUUGCCUCAUCUGUAGACAACUUCUUCCAUUGUGCAUGUACGUCCCUUCGAUGUGUAAAACUUUCAAGCGAUGUACCUGUACCAUAUUCAAGCAUAUCAAGGAGGAGCCAUAUGUACUAUACAUCGUCAGCAAAGUAUAGCUUAUUGGGACGGAGCUCUCAACCCCUGCUCGGUCAAGGUCGUCGCCGGUAUCAUUUCACUUUCAGUUCCAAUUAAUCUACAAGACAUACCGAACGACCAUAUACAAUACGUCCGGAACGGUCGCAGUUGGAACGAGAUCGAUAAGAAUCGGCAAUGUGCCCCUGUCAAUGGCGAAGGCCGCACCAACAACCAGUAUCUCAGUUUGCAGCUAGGUCCUCCGAGUUAGCCUAGCUAGCCUGUCUCGUGAUCAGCCGGAGCGAUGAUGUCGUCGGAGAUGAGGGAGGAGCGCGGGCACGACCUGCCGCAGUACGGCGUCCUGGUGUCGGUGGUGGGGGGUCUGGUGGUGGCGGGGCCGCUCUUCAUGGUGGACGGCGGCGACGCGGUCCUCGAGUCCGUGAAGGAGCUCUUCGGCCCCGUGGGGCUCCUGCUGCUCCCCGUCAGCCUCAUCCUCCUCAUCCGGGUCCUCUCCUCCGGUUACCGGCUCGUCGACAUCGUCGGGCUCGCCUUGGGCGAGUCGCUUGACGCUGCCCACCGCGCUGGCCGGGGAUCGCCGCUGGGGGCCGCGCUCGCGCUGCUGCUCUUCCUGCUCAUCGUGUAUUACAGUUCGUCGUCGCUGUUUGGCGGCGGCGGCGGCGACUAGUAGCGAGGGGCUAUAGGCCGGCUGCGCGAGACGGGGCGUACGUACGGUAAGAGUCGCAUCUGUGCAUGUGCUCCAUCGAUCGGCAGCCUGCUGCUUAGCUGUAAUCUGCGAAUAUAACUUGGUUCGCUCGAGCAUCAGAAGCUUCCGUAUUGCAUCGAUCAUGUGUUUGCGCUGAUCCAACUGGCCAAUAUUUCUUGGUUGACUUAGCUUAACCCAUGCAGGCCAAUUGUCCUUUAUUGUUGGCAAGAAUCCAAACAUGCAAAGAACAUCAGAACACUGGUGGAAAAACAGGCUUCGGGUGAGCCCCAUAAGUCGCGAUGCUGCAGGAACCGCGACUAAUGGUACCUUUAGUCGCGGUUCGGGAGGCGAACCGCGACCAAAGGCCUGGGCCCAGGGCGCUCGGUGGCCAGCCGGUGCACGUGGGGGCCUUUAGUCGCGGUUGGCCAGGCCAACCGGGACUAAAGCCCCUCCCCUAUAUAUACCCACCCAGCAGCCAACACUUAGCCAUUUGGUGCCAUUCUCUUCACAAGCUUCACAAGUGGGUGUUAGGUUUGCUUUUGGUUCCUCUUAUGCACAUAAGGUGUUUGAUGAAAUGCCCCAAGAGCAUGAAACAAACAUGAUAUGAAGUGUUGGAGCCACACUUGAGCUUUCUCAUUUAUUUUUUCCUCCUCGAUCGCGGUUAGCAACUUGAACCUUUGAUGUGUCGUUGAUAAAAUGUGCAUGUGCAUGUGUGUAGUUCAUUGUUUAAUUUAUAUUGUUUGUAGCUAGUUAGUUUAACAAAUGCA